UUUGGCUGUGAUAUGUAUUUUCAUGACUUUAUGUAUCAUCUGUUUUGCGGCCAAAAAGAAAUUAAAAUAUGAAUUACCAAAACUUAAAGGAUGUGAACUAAUUGGUUAUCCAAACGCUACAAUUAAUGAAUGCGGUUAUUGUGUCGGUAGCGGUACGGGUCUGGACACGGAUUACGGAAAAGAUUGCGAAGGAACUUGUUUCGGUGAUGCAGUCAAUGAUUGUGAAGGAGUGUGUGGAGGAAAUGCAUACAUAGAUGAGUGUACCGGUGUUUGCAUGACUGAAGACGAACCGCUCAAUAAAGAAGUUAUUAACGGAACGGGUAAUCGUGAUUGUCGUGGCCUUUGUAUACCACCAGAACUAUCGCCACCACAACAGGCCUAUGAUCGGGACGAGUGUGGUGUUUGUCGACUACAAAAUACAGAGAAAUCAGCUUUUGUUGAUUGUAACGGUAACUGUCAGCUUAUGGGUCGCGAAAAAGUAUCGUUGGUUUGCGGUCAGUGCGUUGAUAAAAAUGCCCAUAUAAUGGACGACUGCGGUAAUUGUCGUAAUGAAAAGCAUAUCUGUUCGUGUGAUCGUGAUGCCUCCAUAUGUGGUUGCAAUGACCCAAAUAACUGUUAUGUUGUCAAAGCAGUCAAUCCACGCGCUGUUCCCAACAAUAUUGACGCUAAACUUUUACUUUUAGGAUAUUUUCAUCCCGUAGUCAGAGACCUAAAUUGUUUUCUAGAAAAUGAAGUGACGGGAGAUAUACUAUCAUUUCCCGUAUCAUUCAUUCAUAAAAACAAGACCGCACUUGAAUGCAAUGUUAACAUAAAAAAAGAGGGAAGUUAUGUCAUAAGUUUGGGAAUCAUCAAGAAUUCAAUCAAUUCAUUUCGUAAAGACUUUAUUAGGCUUAUAGUCUAUGAUCCCAAUGAAGUUGAAAAAUUGUUUGAAUUAAGUGAAAUGACACCAAAAAACACGUCAACCAGCGAUUCAAACGAAACAAUAACUCUUCAAUUUAGUGAUCCAUCAAAUUCUUUGUUUGGAAUCCCAUUCCGUUGUAAACUGUUUUAUAGUAUAGGAAAUCGGGAACAGUUGACGGAUGAGACCAAUCAAUUGAAUUCAUGUUCAAUUAAACCAACAAAACUUCGCUCACACUCUCAAACAGUUGAGAUUCAUCCGACAUUUGAUGGCAUCAAUUUGCUGUCUAAACCAUUUCAAUUCAAUAUAACAGCCCAAUCGCCGCAAAUUUCUUAUCAAAAUUGUUAUGUUUCAGAGGACGGACUGGUAGUUAUCAUACAGUUUGAAACACCCGUUCACAUUACACAACACUUUUCUGAUAACAAUUUACUGGAAGUUUGCGAACAAUUACUAACUAAUGAAACUAUCGAUUAUUUGAGUUUUUAUGGACUGAAGAGCUGUUUGUGGGCCUCAAAAAAACAACUAAUCAUAACUACCGAUAAAUCAAUUGCAGAAAAUUUAGUUCAUAUAAAGUUUAAAAAGUAUGCGAUUAGAGAAAGUGACCAAAUGUUGGCCAUUUCCAAUCAAAAUCAAUUAGACGCCAUUGCCGGCAAAUUGUCAGCUGAACCCAGUUGGUGGAGCUAUGAACCCAAUAUUGCAAUUACGGGUCCAUCAGAAAUACCUGAAUGUGGUAUAUUUGCACUCAUUGGACACUAUUCAUCACCGAGAGGUACAACUAAUGUCAAGUUUCAAUGGGAUGUGUUGGGUGAGGUGAGCAAUGAGCUGAAAGAGCACAUUGAAAACAAUGGCAAAUCAACUAAUCUUAUUUUGGACGCCGACUUCUUUGAUUAUCACACGCCCUAUAAGUUUGUAUUUAAAGCCUUUAUACCGGUUAGAGAACAAACACUAGAAGUCGGACAUACAUUAGUUAAGUUGGAAUACGACUCUCCCAUAGUAUCCAUAUAUCACACCAGACUCUUACAGUCAACGCCAUUAUAUUCAGAUCAAGACAUACUAUUAUUGGCAGAUAUAUCAGUUCCCGAGUGUGUAUUCCCAGUGCAGAGAAUUGUAUUAUUUUGGAAAGUAAUUGAACCAAAAAUAUUAUUUCCUUUGAAUGAUUCAACAAAACUUCAUUCAAUAACAUAUGAAAUUAAGCCAAACUCAGUGCCCAUCGAUAAGCCGGUAGAUAUCUAUUUGAAUGCCUUUCUCGGGCAUCGACACAAUGAGACAAUUGGUGCCCGAUUUACAUUUGUCUCAUCAAAAGCUCCACUGAAAUCCAGUAUAGCUAAUGGAUCGACAAAGAUAGCGAUUGGAUCAAAGAGUGGUAUUUUCAAACUGUCGUCUACGACAUCCAAAUCUAACCGAAGUCUAGUCUAUCAAUGGAGUUGUCACGAGAGCCUUACAGCGCAACCCUGUUAUCACAAUUUCGGUGCUUCCAAUCAUAUUAGCAAAACAAGUCCUUUACUCAUAGAUAGAACACUUCAAAGACUACCGGAUCUCAUGUUAAACUCAAGUUUCUUCAAACCCAAUAAACAGUAUUGGUUUGGAUUACAAGUGUUUGAUAAAAACGAUAGGAAAGUAUUUUCUGAAACUGAAUAUACAUUAGUUAAAGUAGUCGAUGGUUUUGCUCCACAAGUAUAUAUGGGACCGGUAUUUAUCAAAGGACAUCGGGUACCAUAUAAUGCACGUCUAGCUACUCAUUUAGUACCGGCUCAUACACAAAUUACUGUCCGCGCUAUUGUAAAACCAUCUAAAUUUGUCAAAUCAAUCAAAUGGGAAGCACCUAAUGGUUUGUUUGAUCUCAAUUGGAGUAAUGAAUAUAUUGGAAAUGAAAUUCAAUCUGAACUACAUUUACAUGAAUCAUCAAUUGUGGCAUUUGGUUCAUAUAAUGUCAAACUAAUUGCAUGUAAUGAAAAUAACGAGUGCAGUGAUGCCGACACUUCUCUAUUGGGGGUCCAAAGUGUGACAAUGUGUGAGUUAUCUGUCGAACACUUCUCUGAAUAUCAAUUGAGUUUGGCAAACGUUGAGAAGUGCAACACUCCUCCCAACUCAGCUCCGCUCACUUAUCAGUUAUUCUUAGCGGAUGAAAAUCUACCACAUCUUCAGCCACUAUCAGUGCCACAGUUUUCAGGGGUUAUAAAAUUUAUGGGAACACCUAUUCUUUAUUCAACACCAAUUACCAGAUUUGCUGCACAAGUGUGCGAUAGAUAUGGUAAUUGUCAGCUCUAUUAUUCUCAGUCAGUGACCAUUGAACCAACAGAUAACGAGACAUCAGCCAUAAGCGACAUAAUAAAAAUAGCCAAACGAUAUCAAACAGCCGGUGACUCUAUAGGAGCCUUAUCUUCAUUGGGAACAGUCCUCAUAAAACAAGAUUCAAAUCCUUUACCAAUCAUUGAAAAAGUAGUCAACGACUCAAUAGAUUUUUCAAGACAUGCCUUAGAAUUAACGGAUCAAAUGCUAACUGAAGGACAUUUAUCUGUCAUUUAUAAUACACUCUCUAAUGGACUCCUAAGGACACAAAAUGUGACUUCAAAACAAAAAUUAUUAAAUUUAAUACAAAAAUAUACACUAAAAGCAAUUGCAUUGAAAGUGUAUCCCAAAGUGGAUACCAUUAAAAAUCUUUAUUCAAAGCUCAUGAAGUCGUUUGUUAAGAGCGAGUCUCAUCUUAGUUCGGACACAAACUUUAUGCACGAAUUACAACUCUUAGAAGAUAUUAGGAAAACAUUUAAACUCUUGAGGACAGUGGCCGCAACACAAACACCAUUGGGACAAAAAUUAAGACUAAUUAGUUCUGUAGAGAGAGAUGGCCUACAAAGAGAUAUAGCAAUCACUGAUUUCAUUCACAGCUAUAAGAUAUAUGACGUUAACAUUAGGGCUCAAUUCAACCCAAACACUACAAUUGAGACACGAAUUAAUUUUGGAGAAGAAGUCAAACAAAAUUACAGUUCAUUUUGGAAUUGUGGUCAACAUAUGCUCUGUCAAAGUGUCAUAUUUUCUGUCACUAUAUAUCCAAAUGAAAGUCCUUAUCCAUACAAAUCAUAUUCACACAAAUUGUCGCCAAUAAUUGAUUUAUCAAUUCAUGCGCCAAACACUGGUGCCGAGCAAACGGUAAGAGGACUGUUCAAAGCGGCCGCUUUCCAAACCUCUCUCACCGGUAACGCCAGUAUAGGUGGAUCUGAUUACAUAACCAAAUGUCACUUUUAUGACGAACGAUCGCAUGACUGGCUUACAGACGACAUGAAUCCACUUGGAAUUGCCUACAAAAAGGCCAGUUGUUUAUCGGGACAUUUGUCUACAUUUGUUGUACUUAGAAUAGUGGCCGGAAUUACUGUCGACUACGUAAUCGGUGUUGCGGUGGCCUGUCUUAUGGGAGUUCUUGUGUUUGGCAUUAUGCUUGUCUUCUUUGUACAAAAGAAACGAGAGGACAACAAUCGUAUCUCACCCGACAAUAAGCCGGUGACGACACCCGUUACCAAACACCUGGAGAAUCCACGGUAUCGACAAAAUAAUAUCAAACAAAAUGGUAUUGAAAUACAAACCGUUUCACAAUCAGUGCUAAUUACAGAUUGA